AUGGGUAUCAUCGCCUCCCGACAGAGAGGCUCGGAAGACUUGGAGGGUAGGAUCAACCCGGGAAGGAGGAAGCGGCCCUCGGCUCGCAGCCCGGACCGCGAGACUCCCAGCGUGAGGAGGAGGAGACGCGGCAGCAGGACGAGAUCUCUCUCGCCUUUCGGAGAGCGGCUGGUCAGCGCCGCCACUAGGGAUCUCAGAGUUGCUCCUUUGUUCAAUCUGGGACCGCGGAAACCCCUCGUGCGGCUUCGCAUCUUGCAGUACAUGAGCAUUGUGCACAUGAAGAGAAAGAUUGCACACCAUGUCGCCCUUAUCCGAGACGAGGACACUGUCAGUGAGAGGCAGCUGGACGAGAUUGGUGUUCUCAUGAAGGAGUAUAUCGGUGCGAUUAGAGAUCUCAAGUUCAUGCUUGAGCCAACGAGCCAAUAUGCCCGGACAGCAAACUUCCUCAAGGACUUCUUCUACCUGGAGCGGAAACACGACAGUGCAGUCUUACUUGACACCUACUUGGAUAAGAUUCCAGCACCACCGCGGGAGCUUUUCGACAUCAGCAUACCGGAGUACUCAGGUUUCGGCGGAUUCUCUUACAAGAGCGACGAGCAGGAACAAAACCUCGAGGCCUACUUUGGCAGGUUCUUCGCGGCAGUGCUGAGUGGCGUCGCGCUGAUCGGUCCCAUGCUUUUUAUGAAGCUGUACAAUGACUUGCUGGCCCAGCUCGUGACCGCUUCGGUCUGUGUCUUGAUCGUCGGAGGAGUGCUUUCGACGCUCGAGGAGGUGGCCAAGAAGGAUGUUGUGGCGCUGACGGCAGGGUAUGCCGCGGUCCUUGUGGUGUUCAUCGGAGCGAAUUCCUAG